CCAAAGCUGCCGCUGCCGAGCUGCAAGAUCUUAUCGCAAGACGCCUGCUCAUCCAAACUGUCAUCGUCUGGCCCAUUGCUCGUCCCCGCAAACCCCAGCCAAAAGCCCGGUGGCCUCGAAUAAUCGCAAACUUCCGAUUGAGGUCCCAUAAGCGUCAUGGCUACGCUGUACGCUCGCCAGAGCCAGCUACGGGCCACCAACCUCUUCUCUCCUCUCCACAGCCCAUGCGCCUCGACCCGAUUCUUCUCCCAGCAGCAGCAGCGCCCGCGCUUCUCCUCCCGCCUGCGGCACGCCCUCAACAACAGCAAAGUGCAGUGGUACCAGAUCCCCGUAGGCCUGGGCAUCGGAUUCCUGGGUCUGGUCCAGUUCUACAAGGUCUCGACCCGCGAGCGCGAGAAGCAGGAGAGGGACGACGUCCAGGAUGGCGUGCCGCCCAAGAAGCGCGCAAAGAUCAGGCCUGAUGGACCUUGGCAGGUCCAGGUCAUGUCGACGCUGCCCCUGAAGGCGAUUUCAAGGCUCUGGGGUCGCUUCAACGAAUUGACUAUUCCCUACUACCUUCGUGUUCCCGGCUUCAAGCUCUACUCAUGGAUCUUUGGCGUCAACUUGGACGAAGUCGCCGAACCCGACCUGCGAACGUACCCGAACCUUGCCUCUUUCUUCUACCGCCAGCUCAAGCCCGGUUCCCGUCCCCUCCACCCGGAUUCCAACGCCCUGCUCUCGCCAUCCGAUGGCCGCGUCUUGCAAUAUGGCCAGAUUGAAGGCGGAGACAUUGAGCAGGUCAAAGGCAUGACAUACAGCAUCGACGCACUCCUCGGCAAGAACACGCCUACAUCAAGCAUCGCAAGCGGAUGGUCCACCCCUCAGGAAGCCGAGGCGGACAAGGCCAGCAUCUCCCCCAGCGAGGACCUCGUCAAGACGGAUGAGGAGUUCGCUCGCGUCAACGGCAUCUCCUACACCGUACCCAGCCUCCUUUCGGGCGCGGCCAUGUCGCAGCGCAAGGGUUCUCUCAAAGACGAGGCCGUCGAACCCCCCUCGCCGUCUGCCGUCUCCGAGGUCCGUGCCGACCUCGCCCUCGGCGAGAAGCCCUGGUACGACCUGAUCUCGCCCGACAACAAGACGUCUCUGUACUACGCUGUCAUCUACCUCGCCCCCGGAGACUACCACCGCUUCCACUCACCCGCCAACUGGGUCGUCGAACGCCGCCGUCACUUCGCCGGCGAGCUCUACAGCGUCUCCCCUUACCUCCAGCGCACGCUGCCCGGUCUUUUCACCCUCAACGAGCGCGUCGUUCUCCUCGGUCGCUGGCGCUACGGAUUCUUCAGCUACGUCCCCGUCGGCGCCACCAACGUGGGAUCCAUCAAGAUCAACUUUGAUCGUGAGCUGCGCACCAAUAGCUUGACCACGGACACGGCGGCCGAUCGUGCUGCGGAGGAGGCUGCGGCCCGCGGCGAGCCCUACACGGGAUUCGCGGAGGCGACGUAUGCCUCGGCUAGUCCCGUGCUCGGUGGCCAUGCUCUGCGGAGGGGCGAGGAGAUGGGUGGCUUCCAGCUCGGUAGCACCGUCGUCUUGGUGUUUGAGGCGCCAACCGGGAGCAAGACGCCGGAUGACAAGUCUGGCUGGAGGUGGGCUGUUGAAAAGGGCCAGACGGUCCGGAUGGGCCAGGCUUUGGGGUUCAUUGAAGAGGAGUGAGAGAAAGAUGUCUUUGUCUAAAUAGGACGGAUGUCCAUGUACACAUAUAACCACAAUCGACUUGAAGCGUCGCCAUGAAUAACAAAAUACGGAGAACUCAUUUUUAUCUUAUUGGGUUAGUCUCACAUUGUCCGCGGCAUGAAGUGGUACUAUCUCAGCAGAGCUCACCAGAAGGUCUCCAAAUGCGGUUUGAAUCCCUCCGGCGCGUGGCGUCAGAUGCUUGUUUCACGUCGAUCGAUUCAAUUGGCUUCCGUCAGCGUGACGCCGAUCGAUCCCGUCUCACUUACAUGCACUUUUUUUUUUUUGGAAGGAUUUUGAACAACAGUUGUUACAAUCAUUCAAUGCAUUAAAUUCAUCACAAAAGUCCAUCGCUAACGAUGUCUACAUAGC